UAGCUGAAACUAUGCAGCAUUUGACUGACAAGAGGAUGUAGUCUUUGCUGAGAGCAAUUUUUUUAACGUCCUCUUAGUCUUUAGCAGUAUUUAAGUAGAUGAAUGGAGGGAGUGAGAGAGAGAGGAUUUACACUAGUUUGCAGUAGUUUGGUUAUUUUUGCCUGUUUCUUCUGCAACUUUUGUUUUCUGGGAAAAAAACAAAACAAAAAAACCUCUGCCGUUCAUCCGAUUUACUGAAUAUACUAUCUCAAAUUGAUUUUCUGGCUUAUGAAGAAGUACACUAACAGACUGAGAAGCAUGGCUUGUCAAGGUGAUGACUACUUAGAUUCCCUUCCACUGCCAGUUCAGCGCGUGCACUUAAUUCAGGUGGAUUCCGUACAGCGUUGGAUGGAGGACUUGAAGUUGAUGACAGAUUGUGAAUGUAUGUGUAUUCUUCAGUCCAAACCAAUCAGCACAGAGGAAGAUGCACAGAGUGAACUUAUCCUUUCAUCACAACAUAGUGCAUAUGAUAACUUGCAGUUAUUGUUAAAAAGAGCUUGGAUCAUAAGCACGGAGUUGACCAGGAUUGCUCAAAAACUAGAGAAGAACAGAUGGCAGAGAGUUCACAGCAUGACAGUAAGAGUCAAUUGUCACGUACAUUCAAUGAUAAACGAAUAUAAUACCGUCACUAGAAAUUCAUCAGAAGAAAUGCACCAGUUUGAAAAACUUUUAAUUGAAAAAUGUUCAGAAUUUACAACAGUCACGGAAAGGUGCAUACAAACUGAAGACGAACGGACAUUACAGUCCAUGAAAUCUUGUAUUAAUGAAACAUUAAUCACAGUCGCACAGUAUUUCGGCCAAUUGAUAGAAUUGGCCUUAACAUAUGAGAUACAGAAUCUUGUGAGACAAAUAAAUUCAUCAGAUAAUAUAUAUAUCACAGAAUCAUCUACCAUUGGUUUAUUCAGCCUUACCCAAGAGGGUGCUCAAUUGUGCCGCAUCAUAGCUAAGGAAGGAGGUGUUGUUGCUCUCUUUAAGAUCUGCCGCCAGGAUUGUUUCAGGUGCCUUUAUCCCCAGACUCUCAGAACACUGGCAUCCAUAUGCUGUGUGGAGGAAGGGAUUCACCAGCUGGAAAAGGUUGACGGGAUAUUGUGCUUGGCUGACAUUCUCACAGAUAGUACCCAUUCUGAAGCCACUCGUGCAGAAGCAGCAGCAGUAAUAGCACAAAUCACAUCUCCACAUCUCACUUUCACUCAGCAUCUCAGCAGCUUUCUGGAAAAUAUGGAGGAAAUUGUCACAGCACUUGUCAAAUUGUGCCAAGAGGCCUCAACUGGUGAAGUUUUCCUUCUGGCUUCAGCGGCACUUGCCAAUAUUACAUUUUUUGACACAAUGGCUUGUGAGAUGUUGCUUCACUUGAAUGCACUGAAAAUUCUUCUAGCAGCUUGCGCUGACAAGCAGAUAGUCGAUACUCCAUAUUCUCGAGAUCAGGUUGUGACAAUAUUAGCAAACAUGUCUGUGCUGGACCAGUGUGCUUCAGAAAUAAUUCAAGGAAAUGGUGUUCAGCUUUUAAUGGAAAUGCUCUUUGAAAGAUCAUCUUCUGGGAAUUCAGCAGAAGUCACUGCUUGUGAGCGAGUUCAGCAGAAAUCUGCAGUUACCCUGGCACGGCUCAGCCGAGAUCCUGAAGUGGCACAUGCAGCCAUAAAACUCAGCUGUAUUCCUCGCCUUAUAGAACUCUGCAGAUCACCCGCUGAAAGAAAUAACAGUGAUUCUGUUCUAGUGGCUUGUCUGGCGGCCUUACGAAGACUAGCAGUUAUGAGUCCCGAUGGCCUUGAAGAUUCAGAUUUCCAGCAGUUGGUAAAGCCUAGACUUGUGGAUUCCUUUUUGCUGUGCACAAAUAUGGAAGAGAGCUUUGUCUAAAUAACUAAAUAUAGCCUCCAAAAGCAAUCGAACUAACACACGCAGAAUGAUGUAGUUCUAACAAUAUUAUUUUUAUGAUUAAUUUAUUUAAAAACUAUUAAAGUCUGGUAUGUAGAGGAAAAGAAACAGAAAAAGCAAUCUUAUAUCAGUGGUUUGAGCAAGUAAUCCUUCCCCCUCCCCCUGUUUUUUCUUCAAUACUUAUGGACAUGUCAACAAAUCAGAAAAUUAUUAUGAUAACUGUUGUCAUUUUAGAUUUGGGGUCAGAUUUUCUUCUGGAUUACACUGGUGUGAUGAGAUUGCAUCAUGAUAACUAGGGAGAACUUCGUCCCUUGAUUUUGAAUGUUCUGACAUUUUAUCACUAUUUCUUUGUAAUUACAGUACUAUUAAGUUGUCCAAAAGAUUUAUUAGCUUAAUGCACUCAUGUCACAAAAAUUGAUUCUUAAAAAUGCAAAAAUAAACUUGAAUACAAUAGAAACAGUACCAUCUGGGCACAAAAUUCUCAAGUCUCCAUUCAGGUAUGCUGAUUGCUGAUAUGUUGAAGAUCUGGUCCUAUUUUUUUUAUAAACAGAACUAUGGAAAUAUCUUCACAGGAUUAGAUACUGAAGGUACGCAAGAAAAUAGCCACAUUUUCAAGGCUGAAUUUUGAGAUUUUUUGAGAGGUGACAUAGGCUGUCUAAAAAUGUGGUCCUUCACAGGAUAUAUAGUUACAGGUAAUUUUUUUCUAUUUUAAUUACAUGAAAUUAAAAAAUCCUAGAAAAUGGUAGUUAGUAAAAAUAUGUAUAAAAAUAUACCUGAUUCUUUACAAAAUGUUAAAUAUCCACAAAUAACUUUGCAUUUCAUAGUUGUACAUGAAUUCCUGUAGUGCAUAAGCCCGACAUAUUUUUAGUGAUUCAAGCCAAUACUUGUUUGAAAGUAUGUGUGCAUAUAUUUUAAAAAACAGGUAAACAGAUUAUAACUCUGACUGAACCUUGAAUUAUUCUGUUUUCUUAGCUUGUCAUUUUUCUUUAAAAUGUAGGGUCGGAUUUUAAAAUUCACUCAAAGCUGGCAGAAGAAAAUUCCACUUGUAGAUGUUUACGUAGAGGGUAAAAUUGAUUGAAAUAUGGAAUUUUUUUCAUCAAAAAUGUUUGAACUUUGAAAUUUUUCAGUCAGCAAUGUCAUGGGAGUCUUUUUGCUUCUCCGUCUCUCUGGUAACUCAGGAAGAUUUGUGUUUUUGACAUUAUGUGGUUGUUUGCGAAUACUGCUCUGAAUAAUUUGUGGUAGGCAACUCUCUGGUGCUAGGAUCUCUGCCAAAAAAAAAAAAAAAAAGUAAAGAGAAACCCUACUUCCUGAAUUUACCUCACAGAAGGUUAUGAGGCUUAAUCCAUUAAUAUUUGUUUAGUGUUUUGAGAUUUGAAUGAAAGGCACUGUGAAAGUGCUAAAUUGUCAUCAUCUUCCCAGUUUUCAUGAAAGAUGCUUCCAUCUUUUAUCUUAUGUAUGACAAAGUCCAGCUCACUUCCAGAUAUGUAGGAGCGCAGAAGUUUCUUUGCUGACAUCUUCUUGGUGAUGUCUUAGGUCAACCAUGCAUUUAUCCUGGAUAAGGGUUAACACGCCUUUUAUAAAUAUUAGCACACGUACAGUGACCGCUGCUUUAAGCAACCACUCAAAGUUCAGACAAAAAUCAGCUGCUUUACAGAGAUGCUUUUCUUAUAUGAGUGGAGAUUAAUUCUGCUUAGUAUAUCAUGACUAUUUUGAGGCGGCCCUUUAAGACGUGACCUUGCACUGUAAGGAUUGGUCUGUUGUAAAGGCUUCAUUGUAUUA